UUGGGGUUCUGAAACAGCUGGAACCUUUCAAGGACAAAGUCCUGGAGAAAAGGAGGCAGGGACACAUCACUUUGCCCAGAUGCACCAUCACUCUCUGGCUGUUCCUGGCGAGCCCCUGCCAAGAGGAGUUCUGUGGAGUUUUGUACCACCUCAACAGGGAGAACGAAUAUGCCACGCCUACACUCCUGCUCACCCAGACAGGCUGUCUGCACAUCCAAGUGGAGCUGGUGUCCGGACAUCCAGUUGCCGUGCAGAGCCCGUUCGCAGUCCCACGGUACCAGUGGUGCCAUGUUUCACUGACUCUGAGGGGCAGGCUGGUGAAUCUCACGACUGUAUGCGUGGAAGGAGAGAAGAGGACCCAGGACAGCUUUGCCCACGUGUUUCCUGAGAACCUUUAUCUGAAUGACGUAGAGGGAUGGUUUGUCCUGGGGGGCUCCAAGUACAUCCUGGGGGUGCAGGGGUUUUUCGGCCCCUCCAGCUACUACAGGAGCAGCACCCAGGCCUCGUUACAGACUGAACCACCAAAGCUCUUGCAACACCUGGAUCUGCCCCAGUGGUUUGCCACGUGCCAAGAGUUUAAGGAUGCUGUUUUUGCCCGGCUGCCUCUCUACCAACUCCAGCGAGGUUGGAAGCUUUGGCAAGAAACAUGCCGUCCCGAAUACGAGGCUCUUGCUGUGCAGCAGAGGACAAGCUCUCCUGGGGAGCCACGCUGUUGGCAGUGGGAAGCCCCGUAUCCCCGCCGGCGAGCAGCCGUAUACACCCUUCUGCAGCGGGCAGUUUGGAGAAGAGGUGACCAGUUCGUGAACAUGGAGACCGUGGCCGGCGCACUCUUCCAAAGGUUUGAGAAGCGAGUGGCAGGUCUACAGGAUCUGGCCCAUUUGAACAACUUUUACCCCCAGCUGCUGCAGGCCGGAUGCCUGGGACACUCCCGAGCCCUCUAUCUCAUCUCCACCCUGCACCGGACUGGCUUGGGACUGCCCUUGGACUCCACCAAGGCCCUGAAAUUUGGCCUCCUCUCUGCCCAGGCGGAUGACCGUCUUUCCGGAAUGCAGCUGGGCCACAAACACCACCUGGGGGUGGAUGGACUUCCAGUGGACCACGACCUCUCUUACGCCUACUACGCCAACGUUGCAGCCCAGACCAUAGCUGACCGGGAGCUGUCCAGGAAGGGGCAGGCCUUUGUGGAGCACAUCCGGCUGAUUGACGAGGAUGCCCUCAAGCUGCAGACCAAAGAGAACGAUGACCUCUUUGUGUGGCUGAGGUUCCAGGCUCGGAGAGGCAUGGCCGAGGCUCAGCAAGCGGUGAGCAGGAUGUUGUUCUGGGGGCAGCAAGGAAUCUCCAGCAACCUGAAGGAAGCGGUGAAGUUCUACGAGAAAGGAGCCGCUCGGCUCAAAGACCCCACCCUGAUGUACGACUAUGGAGUGGUGCUUCUGAAAGGCCAAGGAGUGAAGCAGGAUAUCCCCAAAGCUCUGGACUUGCUCAAUCAGGCGGCGGCGCAGGGUUUCCUCCCAGCUCUCACAGCCUUGGGAUGGUAUUAUCAGGUCUUUGAGAAUGACUACAGGAGGGCCGUGGAGUUCUGGGAGAAGGCCGACGAGAUGGGGGACCCCGUGGCCCCCUCCAACCUCGGGGCCUUCUAUGCCUACGGCCAGUACCCGGGGAAAGACAGAGAUGAGGUAGCAGCCUACCACUAUUUUCUGAAGUCAGCCAGCCGCGGUCACACAGACGGGGCUGUGCAGCUUGCCGCCUACUUCAGCCGUGGCAUCCCGGGAGCCGUUUCCAGGGUGCCCCUCAAUGCUGUCUUGUGGACCAAGUGGGUGUCAGAACAGAACGGCUUCCUGGGCUCUGUGCUCCGCAAGUCCCUGGAUGCUUAUCUACAGAAGUCGUGGCCGGCGUCCCUCCUCUAUUACCUUCUGGCUGCUGAAGCAGGCUUUGAAGUAGCCCAGUUCAACCUGGGAUUUCUCUGCGAUCAAGAUCCUGACGGCUUGGUCAGCCGCUACAUGCAAGUCAGCUGCCCCUGGAGAUACUACAACCUCUCCACCUUCAGCGAGCAGCCAGCUGCCUAUGCUCUGCUGCGCAUGGGAGACUUGUUCUACGGCAGGCACCCCAGAAAGGAAAGACGGGACGUGCAGGCAGCUGUCCAGAUGUACACAGCUGCUGCUUUGCAACAGGAGCCACAGGGUCUUUACAACCUGGGCUUACUCGUCGAAGAAGGGGUUUCCAUCCCCAAGGCAGCCCUUCAGAAGCUGGGACUGAGCAGUUCUGCACCCGCGGAUCCCUACACCCUCCUUGUAGAGCUGUACGGAAGAUGCAGAGACCACCAAGAAGAGCAUUCCUUUGUCCCCUGCAGCCUGGCCCUCUUCAGCGUCCACCUCAAAUACAUCUGGAUGUUCCAUGGAUCCAUUGUGAAGUUCUCAGGGGUGGCCGUUGUGGCUGUCAUGACUGGCCUCGGCCUGCUUACGGUGUUGCGUCGCCUGCAGAGCAGAAACCCAGUCCUGCCAGACUCUGUGUGACUCCAGCCCAGAAGCUGCCCCCGAUGGAUGGCCAUCCCUGGUUUUUGCAGGAUGUAGGCAACUCUGCUGGAGGGCUCUGGUUCCCCUCCAAGGAGCAUCAUGCAUUCCCCUGUGUCCGUCUGUGCUGCGUUGAGCUGAGCUGAGGAAGACCAGCUCUAGAGGAUCUGUUUUCCUGCCUCCUUUCUGAGGACACACAACUAUGGUGGGGCUGUUGCGUUUUGAAAAGAUGUACUCCACAACAUUUUGAUCUUUGGGAAGUCGCAAGAGGUGGCUUUGGCUUAUGGCUGACCCAAUGGCCACACUUGGGCCUGGCUUUUUCUUUCUGUCUGAAAAGCGGCACCUGGGCAGUGAUUCUGAACAGAGCGGCUGCAUCUGGGACGAGAGGGCCCAGUGCCCCACAGGUGUCAAAUGGAUUUUCUGGGGAUUCAGUGGAAAGACUUCCAGGUGGGGUGGAAGGGAGGGGGCUGCGUUUUAGAAAGACUGCUUGGGCAGAACCAGGCUUUGGGCUAAUUCCGAGAUCCUCAGAACAGUAUUUUCUGUCUUUCAGCUUUCUUCUUCUCAAAGAGCGCGUUCCUAGCUCUGAUGGCUCUUCACUACUCAGCAAGAUUAAAAAACACACAGAGAGAAAAAGAGUGAAUACUCUUUAUUAUAACCAACCAGUGAGGUUUUGGCUACACAGGUCUGUUCCUUCUACUGAGUGGCUUUUUAAUCAAAAGGCAGGAAAUGACUGCUUCCGGUCAACAGUGGUGGAUCUCAGGUUCUGAAUGAAGACAGUGACUAAUUUCUCUUGCUGCAAGAAGUAAUUGCUUAUCUUUCUAUAUAAAAGGCAAACCGUGUUUGAGACGACUCACCUCUUAUCCUGGUGGGCCUCCAGAGGGAGCUGCUGCGGCAGGAAGUCCAGGCCGGGAUCAGGAGCGGAGCAGGAGGCAAUGCCCACCCAUGCCCCCCUGCUUUCUCCCAGCCGGGAUCAGGAGCACCAACAAGAGCAGGGAAACCCCGGGUAGUCAGAA